GCCGUCGCUCGGGAGUCGGGACUCUGCUGGAGGGGGCCGGUUGCUGGGUCGACCCCAGCCUCUGGCCCUUCUGGCCACCGUGCUCUACAAGCCCUUAUACCCAAAGGCGCAUUCCAGGGAUCUCAGCCCUGAAUCAGUGAAAAAUGGGUGAGACGUUCUCCCAGCUGGGCUCUGGGGAGGAUGAGAACAAGGUGAUCCUGCCCCCUGACUCAGCCAUUGGCAGCAAGGCUGCCACCUACUCCAGCACCCAUAGCAGCAAGACUUGUUCCUGUGUGCCUUGUAAAGGGGCUGCUGGUGCCAGCUUUGUGACUUGUCCCACCUGCCAGGGCAGUGGGGAGAUCCCUCGAGAGCUGGAGAGGCAGCUGGUGGCCCUCAUUCCUUACGGGGACCAGAGGCUGAAGCCCAGGCACACGAAGCUCUUUGUGUUCCUGGCAGUGCUUGUCUGCCUGAUGACCUCCUCCCUCAUCGUCUUUUUCCUGUUUCCCCGGUCCGUUGCCGUGCAGCCUGCGGGCCUCAACUCCUCCUCGGUGGCCUUUGAUGAGGCUGAUAUCCACCUCAACAUAACGAAUAUCUUGAACAUCUCCAAUAGCAACUACUACCCCAUCACCGUGACCCAGCUGAGCACUGAGGUCCUACAUCUGUCCCUUGUGGUGGGGCAGGUCUCCAACAGCCUCUUCCUACACAUUGGUCCUUUGGCCAGUGAACAGAUAUUCUACACAGUAGCAAACAAGAUAUGGGAUGAAAACACAUACAAAAUCUGUUCCUGGCUGAAAAUCAAAGUGCACCAUGUGCUACUGCACAUCCAGGGCACACUGGUCUGUUCCUACCUGAGCCAUUCAGAGCAGCUCGUCUUCCAGAGCUAUGAAUAUGUGGACUGCCGGGGAAACACAUCGGUGCCCCACUUGCUGAUCCCUCACCCACCAUGACCUGUCUGCUGUCCUGAAUUCCAGGCCCCUGCCAGCCUGGUCUGUAUCUCCUGCAACUCCCUGGUGCCCAAGGAAAGACUAUAGUAACUUUGCCAAAGGAAAAGCCCUGCUUCAUACCUCCCUCUACACAGGAAGCUCUGUGGAAGUUAACACACACACAUACUUACAUCUCUGAUCUCACGGGAAUGGAAGCCUGAUUCUUCUAGGGGCCAGCACCAGAUUUCUCCCUUGGUCUGCCUUGAGGAAAGUCUGACCCGAGGUUUUCUCUGAGCUGCCUUAGAGUCCCUGGAGUGGCACCUGCCCUUUCAGUGCCAAGCACCGUGGUUGCCCACCUCCUCAGGCUGGCCUUCCUCCUGCUUGAAUGCAGAGAAAGCUUUGAUUUUAUCUGUCUUUUAAAGCAUGUAUCCUUCUCAAGUUCUUCACCCAGUGGUGAGGAAGUGACUUGAGGGAUCUCCAAGACUGUUUAGAGGUCUGUGGAUGCGCUCCUGUGCCCCCUGCUUUGGUUGUGUGACAAAGUGAUGGUGAUGGUCUGUUUCUCCCCUGGUAACUUGUCCCCCGCCCAUCUGACAGCAAGAUUGGCCAGGGCCCUUUGGUUUUGUAUCCUUCCUGUUAAAGACUGUCCCUGUUCCUAGGAAGACAGAGCUUUUCUCCAGCUGAAGCUUCUCUCCAUAAAACAGGUCUUUCUGUUCUCUUCACAUCACAAGCCAAAGUUGUAGGGGAGAGUUGGGGGGCACCUGGCACCGUCCUUGGCCUACAUAAGGAAAAAGAGACAAAGCCAGAGUAAUUUUAAAAGAUGUUUAUUGAAGGAGGGCUUCUGGCUGGUGGUGAACUGCCAACCCUAAGCCCAUGACAGUGGACACAGGCAGGUCAAGUGGUUGGCCCAGCUGUUCCUCCCAGGAAGCCUGCAGAGCUGAAACUCAGUAUCCAACCAAAGGGCCCACCUCCUCCCAGAGGCCUCUUUUCCUUUGGGCAUUGACAGUAUGGAGCUACACAAGAGUAGGGACUGGUCUAGAUCCUCUCCUCUUUGCUGUCACUCAGAUGAAGCUAGGCCUUAGAAUACCCCAGGUUCACUGGGCUCUGAGUGGAGGUGAGCAGGGAAGGUAGUUGCUCCCUAAAGGAGGUGAUGGUUUUUAUCACUCAGACAGAUGGGAAGAUGAGUUUAGGUGGUGGGGAAGCUGAAUUUGAAGUUGGAUGGAUAGAGAGGGGAAUGAUGACAGAACCAGGUGACUAGCUGGCAGGGGAACAAGGGGAAGGAAGGAGGUUGUGCUGUCUCCACAUUCUCAUGCGUGGUUAACUGGGGUCAAGGUAGUUCUGGCAGGGGCACAGAAGUCCAUCCAGGCCAGAUACAGCCCAUCUGCUCUAUGUAGGUCACCAGAUGUCAGGGUUUACAUUGUUAUUCAAUAAACUGCACUUAAUGUUAAAAAAAAAAGUG